AUGGCAUCGCUGUCGUGCGGCUCCCAGGGAAAAAAGCUCAUCGCGCACAAAUAUUUGGGGUUCAAGAAUAGCACAACCACCAUGGGAAGACGGGCCAAAAACAAGCAGGGUGCGCCCCCGAGCUACGACGAGUUCCAGGCCAAGAAGGACCGCCGUGAGAAACGUAAGAGUGAAAUCGUAGAGCGCAAGGAGUCGCAGAACAAAAAAUCCAAAACUUCGAAGCCCUCAAAGGAAGAUGACAAGAUCUCCAAGGUACAAAAGAAGCAACAUAAGGAGCCAGAAAAAGUAGAGGAGAAUGCCAGCGACGACAAUGAGGUAGAAAUGACGAAAAAGGCGUUGUUCGACGACUCUGAUGAAGAAAAUUUGGACGGAUUCGAGAUUCCUGAAGACGACGAUGAAGUUGUAGACGAUGAGUUUGAAGUGGAAAACGACGAAGCAUACGAUUCCGACGAGGAUGCCCGCGAGCGCCCGAUGUUCUCUGACGACGAGGACAACGACGACGUCGACCUUAAUGCUGCAAACAUGGAAGCGUUGUCUCGUAAGCUUGACGAGGAAGCCGAGUUGGAAGCUGAAGAAGCCGAGUUGGAGUUGACCGAAGGUGGUGCCAAACAGCCCAGAGCCAAGGUGCUUCCUACAGAAGAGGAGGAAGAGGAAGCCAAACAGUUGGCACGCCAAGACUUGUCUCUGGUGAGAACAAGAAUGAUCGAGGUGGUGAAGGUGUUGGAGAACUUUAAGGAACUUUCCGAAGAAGGUCGCUCGAGAUCUGAGUAUGUCGAUAGACUACUCAAGGAUAUCUGUGAAUACUUUGGGUAUUCCGAGUUUUUGGCCGAGAAACUUUUCAAUCUAUUUUCUCCAUCCGAAGCCAUGGAGUUCUUCGAGGCCAACGAAAUCGCCCGUCCUGUCACCAUUCGUACCAACACCCUCAAGUCCAGACGCCGUGACUUAGCCCAGCGACUCGUCAACCGUGGUGUGAACUUACAGCCUAUUGGAGCAUGGACAAAAGUUGGACUUCAAAUUUUCGACUCGCAAGUGCCUAUCGGAGCCACCCCAGAAUAUCUCGCUGGACACUAUAUUUUGCAAGCAGCAUCUUCUUUCUUGCCAGUGAUGGCCUUGCAACCCCAGGAAAAUGAAAGAAUCUUGGAUAUGGCAGCAGCUCCAGGAGGUAAAACCACAUACAUUUCAGCAUUGAUGAAAAAUACCGGUUGCGUUUUCGCAAACGAUGCUAAUAAAGCCCGAACAAAGUCUCUUAUAGCCAAUAUUCAUCGUUUGGGUUGCAAGAACACCAUAGUGUGCAACUAUGAUGCCCGUGAGUUUCCAAAAGUUAUAGGUGGUUUUGAUCGUGUGCUUUUGGACGCUCCAUGUUCUGGUACUGGAGUGAUUGCCAAAGACGAAUCGGUGAAAGUGAGCCGUACCGAAAAAGAUUUUAUGCAAAUCCCACACUUACAGAAACAGCUUCUUUUGAGUGCUAUUGACUCUGUGGACGCCAAUAGCUCCACUGGAGGUGUUAUUGUCUAUUCCACAUGUUCGGUGGCUGUCGACGAAAAUGAGGCUGUAGUAGAUUACGCUUUACGAAAACGUCCCAACGUCAAAUUGGUCGAUACUGAGUUGCAAAUCGGAAAGGAAGGAUUCACCUCUUAUCGUGGAAAGAAUUUCAGUCCUAAAUUAUCGUUAACAAGACGUUAUUAUCCACAUACUUAUAAUGUUGAUGGAUUCUUCGUCGCAAAGUUUAAGAAAAUUGCUCCCGCUCCUCAGGAUGUUUCCAAAGCUGGAGCUAAAGAGAAAGAAGCAUUGGCUCGUGCUGAAGCCGAAGAAGAAGGUAUUAUUCAUGGAGAUUUUGCUGAGUUCGAUAACGAAGAAGAUGCUGAGAUCAUCGAUAAGAGUAUCAAGCGCAGCAAAAAGAAAAAGGGAAUCAACCCUAAUACAUAG